CGCGGCCCGGGAGGGCAGGAGGGGGCGGGGGGGACGGCGCCGAGGCCUGGUCGAGGAGGAUGCUGUCCCGAAAGAAAACCAAAAACGAAGUGUCCAAGCCGGCCGAGGUGCAGGGGAAGUACGUAAAGAAGGAGACGUCGCCUCUGCUGCGGAAUCUUAUGCCUUCAUUUAUCCGGCACGGUCCAACAAUUCCAAGACGAACUGAUAUCUGUCUUCCAGAUUCAAGCUCUGCUGCUUUUUCAGUUUCUGGAGAUGGAGUAGUUUCAAGAAACCAGAGUUUCCUUAGAACUCCAAUUCAACGAACACCUCAUGAAAUAAUGAGAAGAGAAAGCAACAGAUUAUCUGCACCUUCUUACCUUGCCAGGAGUCUAGCAGAUGUCCCUCGGGAGUAUGGCUCGUCUCAGUCAUUUUUGACAGAGGUUAAUUUUGCUGUUGAAAACGGCGGAGACUCCAGUUCUCGUUAUUAUUAUUCAGAUAAUUUUUUUGAUGGUCAGAGAAGGCGGGCACUUGGAGAUCGUGUGCAUGAAGACUACAGAUACUAUGAAUACAACCAUGAUCUCUUCCAAAGAAUGCCACAGAAUCAGGGGAGGCAUGCUUCAGGUAUUGGGAGAGUUGCUGCUACAUCUUUAGGAAAUUUAACUAACCACGGAUCGGAAGACUUGCCCCUUCCUCCUGGCUGGUCUGUGGAUUGGACAAUGAGAGGGAGAAAAUAUUAUAUCGAUCAUAACACAAACACAACUCACUGGAGCCAUCCUCUUGAACGAGAAGGACUUCCUCCUGGAUGGGAACGAGUUGAAUCUUCAGAGUUUGGAACCUAUUAUGUAGAUCACACAAAUAAAAAGGCUCAGUACAGGCAUCCCUGUGCUCCUAGUGUACCUCGGUAUGACCAGCCUCCUCCUGUCACAUACCAGCCACAGCAGACUGAGAGAAAUCAGUCCCUUCUGGUACCUGCAAAUCCGUACCAUACUGCAGAAAUUCCUGACUGGCUUCAAGUUUAUGCUCGAGCCCCUGUGAAAUAUGACCACAUUCUGAAGUGGGAACUCUUUCAGUUGGCUGACCUGGAUACCUACCAGGGAAUGCUAAAGUUGCUCUUCAUGAAGGAACUGGAACAAAUUGUUAAAAUGUAUGAAGCCUACAGACAGGCUCUUCUCACUGAGUUGGAAAAUCGCAAGCAGAGACAGCAGUGGUAUGCCCAGCAACAUGGCAAAAAUUUUUAAAUUAACUUUUCAAAAGAAAUUUUAAGUUUAUAAGAGCUUUAAAAUAUUUUCACAGGCUCAAAACGUGCAAAUACCUUUGUUAACAAAGGCAGCUUACUUUUUGGGAAUUAUAAAAUUCUAAUUUUACAUGUAUUUUGCCACUAGAAGUUUUCUUUUAUUACAAAAUAAAAAUGAGUUUAUCAUUCUAAGAGCCAACAUGGUAUAUACAUCCAAAUGCUGUGUAUUAAGAAACUGCUUUGAAUAUUCUUGAUGGAUAAAAAUGUGGCAAGAAAAUGACAUAACCAUAUACUAGAUAGGAAUGAUCACUUGGUAACUUCUUUUUUUGUACCGGGGAUUGAACUCGGGUCCUUGCGCUUGUGAGGCAGGCAACUUGGUAACUUCUUACAGCAGCAGUACCUUUCUUUAAAAAAAAAAAAAUCUAUGCAGUAUUUUUUAAAAGAUGUUUACUGCCUUAAUGUGGAAUGUUAUCUGGAGUGGGAUGGUUUGCAUGUUAUCAUGGCCUAGUGCAAAAUACAGAAUAGGAUUUGGAACCUUCAUUGUGAUAAAUUUCUGUAUAUGAUGUAUGUUGUGACCCCUCUUCCCUGCCAAGUGUAAGGGACCCUUUUGCAGCAUGUUGAGAUAAUCUUUCAGGAAUGAAUUUCAACAGAAGGCUGGGUGCAGCUCUUAGCCAGGGCUGGCUGUGUUGUCUCGGCUGCAGAGAGGGGACAGCGCCGGUGCCCAGCAGCACCGCACACCGCCUUCUCACAGACUGGGCUCAGCUGCCAGAUGUGACAAUCAGGGAUUCCAUGGGAAAUCUUAGCCAUUAAAUCAGUUUUGUAUUACUUUUUUAUCUUCUAAGUGUUUCUGCAACAAAGCUUUUUAAACCAUAUUAUUCCCUUCCCAGUUUCUUCCCUUUGGUUUAUAUUGAAAUGUUGUUCAUCAUUAGAAUAGUAUAUUUGAUUACAGACAAAUAUAUGAUACUUCCAGCCUGUAGGUCUCUAAAAUUCUGUGAAUUUCAUAGCUUUUCAGUUAUAUAUUUACCUGAGUUGUAAAUACAUGUAAAUAUGUUUUAAGUUUUUGUAGUCUUCCAAAGUAUAAAGCACUCCCAGUUAGACAUAAGUGGGUUUGAAUUACUGAUAAAAUGUUGUUUGAUUUUAUAACAACUUUAUUAAAUAUAUUUUUGUGGAAACUAAA